UAACCUAUUUUUGCUAAUAUCUUUUGGGGUUUGUGGGGUGUGAGCAUAUGGGAGGAGAGCUGUAUAGAAAGUGACUUCCUUCUUCUUCUUCCUCUUCCUCCUUAUCUCUCUAUCUUCAUUGUCGUCGUCAUCGUCGUCUUCUUUCGUUGGAAUCUAGAGAGAGAGAGAGGUUUUAGAGAGAGAUGGGGAACUGUCAAGCCAUUGAUGCAGCAGCUCUGGUGAUACAGCAUCCGAGUGGGAAGAUAGAGAGGAUGUAUUGGCCUAUAAGUGCGAGUGAGGUGAUGAGGUUGAACCCCGGUCACUACGUUUCCCUCAUCAUUCCAUUGCCGGUUUCCGAACAAAAUCACAAACAUGUAGCAGAGAAUCAUGAGGAUGAGCACGGCAAAGCGGUGCGUUUCACUCGCAUUAAGCUUCUCCGGCCGAACGAAACUCUCGCUCUCGGCCAUGCCUACCGGCUGGUCACCACUCAAGAGGUUAUGAAGGUUUUGAAGGCAAAAAAGUAUGCGAAAACGAAGAAACAGCAGCUCGAAGUGCUCGAGAAGUUGCGAACGGAGCAAGGGAAGGAAAAUUCAGGUUGUUCGGGCUGCGAAGAGGCAGCAGAAGCAACGAAAUCUGAUGAGAAGGAAAAUAUCAACCAUGCUUCAAAACGCGAAAGGCACCGACCAAGGACAUCAUCAGCGAAUGCUGCUGCUGCGGCUGUUGCUGCGCUGAGGUCGAAGUCUUGGCGCCCCUCGUUGCAGAGCAUCUCCGAGGGCGUAACUGAUCAGCGAUUUCCAAACAUCGAAAGCGAACAAAAUGCAAAGUAGGCAAUAGAGUGAGGGCGAAAUGGAUCGAUAACCAGAAAUUCAUGGAAUCGGGUGCCAAGUUUUCUAAUUCAAUGUCAAUCACAUCCUCCACAAAAUUCAUUCCAUGUUGAAAGCAAUAAUCCAUCUGUAUAGCAACACGCAAAAAACAAGCACCGAAUCUGACAUUGUAUUAGAAGUGUGAGUUUCCUGGUAGACAAUGGGUCUUUUCCCAAUUUUUUUUUGGGUGUUUGAUAAACAAAUGAUCUGGAGAAAUACAAAACUAGAUUAAAUUUA